AUCUAAGACCAGCUCACCCUCUCUUCUUAUCUUCGCACGUAAAUGUAGCUAGGCACAUCAGAUUCAUGCAUGCAACUCUGAACUCUCUUUCAAACUGCAGAAAGUAAUCAGGAAUUGAACGAAACUGCAUGAAAACCAUGCACUGCAUCACUUUUCUAGUGUCAAUUCUAACAUUUCAACUAUGCCUAUCCUCUUCCACCCACAUCAUCACAUUCAACCAAACCCUCAAAGACGGCGAUUUAUUAACCUCCAGUGCGGACUCCUACGCUCUCGGAUUCUUCACCCCCGGCAAGUCCGCCGGAAAACGGUACGUCGGGAUUUGGUACCAAAACAUCCCGGAAUUCAUGGCUGUUUGGGUCGCUAACAGAGAAAAUCCCAUCAACGGGACGUCCGGAAUCUUCUUCAUCGACGGCACCGGGAAUCUUGUCAUCCAAGACCGGAACACCGGCGUUACCGUCUGGAACACCAGUCUUUCUUUUCCGGCGUUCCAAAAUCCUCAUAAUCACUCCGUUCAGCUCCUCGAAACAGGGAAUCUGGUUUUAUAUCGUGACCCGGGUAGAAGGGUCAAAGCAUGGGAGAGCUUCGAUUACCCGACUAAUACGGUCAUAACCUCCAUGAAGUUUGGAGUGGACAAGAAAGAUAGGUUGAACCGCUCCCUUACGUCGUGGAAGUCGGCCGAUGAUCCGGGCACCGGCGAGUAUUCUCUCGGAAUGGACCUCAAUGGAGAGCCUCAGGCGUUCGUGUACAAGAACUCGAGUCGGAUUUGGAGACUCGGGUCAUGGACCGGAACCGGGUGGAGCAACGUCCCGGAAAUGUCGGGGAGUUACACCCCGUACAAUUACACCGAGAACGGAGAAGAGGUUACUUUGUCGUACACGGUCGUUGACCCGAGCAUCUACACGAUAUUCAUGUUGAAUGAAUCUGGAACGUUGAAUCGCAUCAUUUGGCGAGGAGAUGAUAGUGGCGGGCAGAAGAAGAAAUGGGUCGGGCUAUGGUACAUUCCCAAAGAUACAUGCGACACGUACGAACCUUGUGGCGCGUUUGGCGUUUGCAAUCCAUACAAUCUGGGCGAGUCGGCCUGUCAUUGCCUUUCUGGGUUCAAGUCGAACUCAUCAGUCCAGGAGUGGGCCUUGAAAGACGACCGAUAUAGCUGUCGCAGGGAAGCCAACACAGACGCCUGCCAUAACGGUGACGGAUUCCUUAAGCUCACAAGCGUUAACAUCCCCAACACCGAAACGGCGUUCUCGGACAGGGCGAUGGGGUUCAAAGAAUGUGAAGAACGUUGUGUGAAGAACUGUUCGUGCAGCGGAUAUGCUAGAGCAAAUAUUAGCAAUGGAGGGGAGGGAUGCAUCAAUUGGUAUGGAGAAUUGAGAGAUAUGAGGGAGUUUGCUAAUGGAGGCAGAGAUAUGUAUAUACGAGUCGCCACAUCUGCUUUAGCACAACGUGUAAAGAAAUCUAAUGGGCUUCGUCGGAAAUGGCUAAUAAUAAUAUUAGCCACGGCUAUACCUGCUGUUGCAGUUAUUCUUUUGCUCCUAUAUUUGACAUGGAAAAUGAGAAAAGGGUCUCCAUCUGCAACAAAUCUGGAAGAAGGUGCACCGGCAGAUGUAGUAAUCUUUGAUCUUAACACAAUUAAACUUAUCACCGACAACUUCUCUGCCGAAAGUAAACUUGGAGAAGGAGGGUUUGGUUCAGUUCACAAGGGUAAGUUACAAAAUGGGAAACUUGUAGCCGUCAAAAGGCUCAAAACAAAUUCAGAUCAAGGGGUAGACGAAUUCAAAAAUGAAGUUAUGCUGAUUGCAAAACUGCAGCAUAGAAAUCUUGUGAGGCUUUUAGGAUGUUGUGUUCAAGAAGGAGAGAAGAUGUUGGUGUAUGAGUACUUGCCCAACAACUCCCUUGACUACAUUAUCUUUGAUAACAAGUCGGCGAUGCAAUUGGAUUGGAAAAAACGCUUUGAAAUCAUAUUGGGAAUCGCUCAAGGAUUAUUAUAUCUUCAUCAAGAUUCAAGGUUAAGAAUUAUUCAUAGGGAUUUAAAAGCAAGCAAUGUUCUAUUGGAUGAUUCCAUGGAACCAAAAAUUUCUGAUUUUGGAAUGGCUAGAAUUUUUGGAGAAGAACAAACAGAAGCGAACACAAACCAAGUAGUUGGAACGUACGGUUAUAUGUCACCGGAAUAUGCCAUGGAAGGUCUCUUUUCAAUAAAAUCUGAUGUAUUCAGCUUCGGUGUUUUGAUGCUCGAAAUUGUAUGCGGAAAGAAAAAUAAAUAUCAACACACGGAAAACUCGGUCAAUUUAAUGGGAGAUGUGUGGGAUUUUUGGAAUGAAGAAAGAGCAUUGGGCUUAGUGGAUCCAUCACUAGGAGGGGAGUCGUACAAUAUUCGAGAAGUUUCUAGAUGCAUCCACGUCGGACUAUUGUGCGUUCAACCAUUACCAAAUGAUAGACCAAAUAUCUCAGAAGUGAUAUUUAUGUUGAGUAAUGAUACAGAACUACCUAGUCCUAAUCCACCUGGAUUUAUGGUUAGAAAAGGAUAUAGCACUACUCCAUCCUCAUACGGUGAAAGUGUUGGAUAUCAAUCUAUCAGCAUGACAGUUACUCAAAUGGAAGGUCGUUGAAUUUCAUAAGAUCAGACUUUGAUUUUUUUCAUAAGACUUAACUUUAUGUAUGAAUAUUUGAAAUAUAUGUGGUUGUGCAUGUAGUGAAAAUUCAAGAUAUUGCUAAUGCAUAUGUGAUGCCUUUAACAUUAAUAUAAUUUUAUGGUAGAUUCUAGGGUACCCUUAAGGUACCAUAUUUUUGUCCACAUGGACCAAUCAGAAUGAUGCAAUUG